AUGCAUAUCUUAACUUACUGCGGAUUUAUACUUGUUAUCAGCUCUCUCUGCAUCGCCGCCUCCGCUAAAUCAGCCAAUACAUGUGGUUACGAUGCAUGUAACCCAGGAGAUCCUAACAAACUAAACGUUCACAUUGUUGCUCAUACACAUGAUGAUGUUGGAUGGCUCAAGACAGUUGAUCAAUAUUAUUAUGGAGCUCGUAAUGAUAUUCAAUAUGCCGGAGUACAACAUAUACUUGAUUCAGUCAUUCAUGCACUUGAUGAAAAUCCAGAUCGACGUUUCAUGUAUGUUGAAAUAGGAUUUUUCUGGCGUUGGUGGAAUCAACAAACUGAUGACAUUCGUAAUAAAGUCAAACAGUUUGUCAAUCAAGGUCGUCUGGAAUUCAUCUCUGGUGGUUGGUGUAUGAAUGAUGAAGCAUCAACGCAUUAUAACUCUAUCAUUGAUCAGCAUACACUAGGUGCUGAGUUUCUUCAUGAACAAUUUGGUGAAUGUGGUCGACCAAAAGUUGGUUGGCAAAUUGAUCCAUUUGGUCAUUCUCGUGAGCAAGCUUCACUUUUUGCACAAAUGGGGUUUGAUGGUUUAUUUUUUGGUCGUGCUGAUUAUGAAGAUAUUCAAACACGUAAUCGAACGAAAACUAGAGAAAUGGUAUGGAAAGGAAGUGCUAACUUAGGUGAACAAAGUUGGUUAUUCACUGGUAUUUUACCUAAUAGAUAUAGUGCACCAAAUUCAUUCUGUUUUGAUUUUAGUUGUGGGGAUCAACCUAUAAUGGAUGAUAAUCAUCUAUAUGAUCAGAAUGUUCAAGAACGUGUUCAAGCAUUUCUUCAAGCUGCUCGUGACGAGGCAGCAGGGUAUGCUACUAAUCAUAUCAUUAUGACUUUCGGUGAUGAUUUUAAUUUCGAAAAUGCUGAUGAAUAUUUCAAAAACUUGGAUAAACUGAUCAAGUAUGUUAAUGCUCAGCAAGCAAAUGGUAGCAAUGUUAAUGUUUUCUAUUCCACACCAUCAUGUUAUUUAUAUGCUUUGAACAAAGCAGAUCGCUCAUGGAAAUCGAAAACUGACGACUUUUUUCCAUAUGCACAUCAUCCACAUGGAUUUUGGACUGGCUAUUUUUCAUCACGAGCUGCUUUUAAACGUUAUGAACGUCAUGCUAAUAAUAUUUUACAAGUGACACGACAUCUCAAUGCAUUUGCUAAUACGAAUGCACGCAAUACUCUCUUUCCCUUAAGUGAAGCCAUGGGUGUUGCUCAACAUCAUGAUGCCGUUAGUGGUACAGAAAAACAAGCAGUUGCUUUUGAUUAUGCACAACGAUUAUCUGAAGGCAUCCAAGCAGCAGAGGGUAUCAUCAAUCAAGCAUAUGCUAAACUUUUACCUAAAGAUAGUCAAUCACCACCCAUACAAUUUCAAUUUCUCUGUCAAUUAUCAAAUAUAAGUCAAUGUUUGGGUAUUGAAGGUCAAGAACGCUUUACAGUCACAUUAUGGAAUCCACUUAUUCAUCAAGUCACACAACAUAUUCGGGUACCUGUCAGAACAGAUUAUACAGUUCGUGAUCCAACAGGAGUAACUCUUUUUACAGAACUUGUUCCAAUAUCACAAGCAGUACAAAAUAUUCCCGGUCGUACAAGUCUAACACAAAAACAAAUUAUCUUUAAAGUUACAUUACCAGCUCUUGGUUUCAAUACUUAUUAUUUUGAAAAGAAACCUGAUCAAGAAAGGAAUGAAAAAUCUAGUGUUAAAAUCACACAUAAUGAAGAAUGUACUUUAAAAAAUCAACAUCUCCGAGUGCAUUUUGAUGAUCAAGGUAAUCUACAUCAAAUUGUUAAUUUAGAUAAGAAUACUGGUGUACAAUUUAAGAGUCAAGGCUUUUAUUGGUAUCAAGCUUUUACUGGUAAUAAUUCUCGGCCAGAGUUUCAAGCAUCAGGUGCUUAUAUUUUUCGCCCACUUUCAUCUGAUUCACAACCAGUCAGUACUACACGAUCAAUAACAUGUAUAAAAGCAGAAAGUGUUCAAACAGCAAUAAUCACUUUUAAUAAUUGGGCAAGUCAAGAAAUCAGCUUGUAUGAUGGUGGUGAACAUGUUGAAGUUGAAUGGACAGUUGGACCCAUUCCCAUUAAUGAUAAUAUCGGCAAAGAAAUAAUUCUUCGAUAUGACACUGAUAUUCAAAGUCAAUCGAAAUAUUAUACUGAUGCUAAUGGUCGUGAAGUGCUUGAACGAAAAAGAGAUUAUCGACCAACAUGGAACUAUACAGCUGUUGAAACAGUGAGUGGAAACUAUUAUCCAGUGAAUAGUCGAAUAUGGAUAAAAGAUGAAGAUCAACA